GCCAGGGUUUACGCGGUCGAUCAGGCAGAGGCAGCACAACAGCCAGGUACUAUGUCAGGGAUGGUUGUCCUCAAUGAUAUUCCUGUGUUCGUUUUAUUCGAUACUGGAGCGACGCACACUUUCAUUUCACGCCGAUGUCUCGAUGCCAUCGGAGUUCACGCAGUUACCGCUGUCGAUCCUCUUGAGGUGAGCUUAGCCUCGGGACGAAAGAUAGUGACCUCAGCUAAAGCCUCAGAUCUUAGCCUUUCCAUCGGUGGCCGAGUAUUGACUGCCGACGCGUUUGUUCUCGAGAUGAGGGACUUUGACCUUAUUCUCGGGAUGGAUUGUCUAUCCUUUUAUCAUGCAGAUAUCAGGUGUCAUGACCGGGAGAUCACUCUCUAUCUUCCGGGAGACGAGUCGAUUACUUUCUUCGGCUCCAGGAACCGUUCACUGCCUCACGUUGUUUCGAUGGCAAAAGCCACUAAGUUAUUGCGACGAGGCAACUGCCAGGGUUAUCUGGUAAGCCUUGUUGAUGAUUCGCAGAAAGCACGGACACCUCAUGAUGUUCCAAUUGUUCGCGAGUUUGUGGACGUGUUCCCAGACGAGCUUCCAGGAGGACCGCCCAACCGACAGGUGGAGUUUUCUAUUGAUCUUAUUCCAGGGGCCGGUCCAGUAUCCAAAGCCCCAUAUCGCAUGGGGCCUAAAGAGUUACAAGAGCUUAAAACUCAGAUUCAGGAGCUGUUACGACUCGGUUUUAUUCGACCGAGUGUGUCACCAUGGGGAGCACCCGUUCUCUUUGUCAAGAAGAAGGACGGAUCUAUGCGCAUGUGUAUCGACUACCGGGAUCUUAACCGGUUGACGAUCAAGAAUAAGUACCCGCUUCCCAGGAUCGACGACUUAUUUGAUCAGCUGAGGGGAGCCUGUGUAUUUUCGAAGAUUGAUUUACAAUCAGGCUACCACCAGCUGAAGAUUAGGGAGUCAGACAUCGCUAAGACCGCUUUCAGGACUCGUUACGGCCAUUACGAGUUUGUUGUCAUGCCUUUCGGUCUCAGCAAUGUGCCAGCUGUUUUCAUGGAUCUCAUGAACCGUAUCUUUCAUCCAUACCUCGAUCAGUUC